AUGCUUGGGGUAUUCCACUUUGCAUCAAGCCCUAUGACUACUCUGUCGAUGGUGCCUGCUCCUUCUAAUGUAACAUUUGAGAAUAUUUGGUCUCCUUUUCCCCAUGGAUGGUGCAAGGUUAACGUUGAUGCAAGUUGGGAUAAAGUCUGCAUGAAAUCUAGUUUGGGUGGUGUGAUUCGAGAUGAAGAUGACAAUUUUUUGAGAGGUUAUGAAGGCUUUAGACUGGCAGCCUCUAUGCUUGAGGUUGAGGCUCAUUCUGCGUGA